CUAAGUAUUGCCAAGGGUGCGACGGUCGGCUCUGCGAGGGGUGCCUGGCCUAAACGUCACGGUGGGCAGGGGCAGGCAGCCCAGGCGACCAAGGCACAUUGCAAUAAUCAGGCUCGCAUGCACAACGGGGAGCAGUUUUGA